AUGUCAGGGUUGCAGGCUGUUUGGCCGUCCGGUACUGAAUGUAUCGCCAAAUACAACUUCCACGGUACCGCCGAGCAGGACCUGCCCUUCAGCAAAGGAGAUGUCCUCACCAUCGUCGCUGUCACCAAGGAUCCCAACUGGUACAAGGCGAAGAACAAGGUGGGCCGGGAGGGUAUCAUCCCUGCUAACUACGUGCAGAAGCGGGAAGGAGUGAAAGCUGGGAUCAAGCUCAGCCUCAUGCCGUGGUUUCACGGGAAGAUCACACGGGAACAGGCAGAGCGGCUGCUGUACCCCCCCGAGACGGGGCUGUUCCUGGUGCGGGAGAGCACCAACUACCCCGGGGACUACACCCUGUGCGUCAGCUGUGAGGGGAAGGUGGAGCACUACCGCAUCAUCUACUCCUCCAGCAAGCUGAGCAUCGACGAGGAGGUCUACUUCGAAAACCUCAUGCAGCUGGUGGAGCAUUACACCACGGAUGCAGACGGACUCUGCACCCGCCUCAUCAAACCCAAGGUGAUGGAGGGGACGGUGGCAGCACAGGACGAGUUCUCCCGCAGCGGCUGGGCCCUCAACAUGAAGGACCUCAAAUUGCUACAGAUCAUUGGCAAAGGGGAAUUCGGAGACGUGAUGCUGGGAGAUUACCGGGGGAACAAAGUCGCCGUGAAGUGCAUUAAAAACGACGCCACAGCACAAGCCUUUCUGGCGGAGGCAUCCGUCAUGACGCAGCUCCGACACAGCAACCUGGUGCAGCUCCUGGGGGUGAUCGUGGAGGAGAAGAGUGGCCUUUACAUCGUCACCGAGUACAUGGCCAAGGGCAGCCUAGUAGACUACCUGCGGUCGCGCGGUCGGUCGGUCCUGGGUGCAGACUGCCUGCUGAAGUUCUCCUUAGAUGUCUGUGAAGCCAUGGAGUACUUGGAAGCCAACAACUUUGUCCACCGGGAUCUGGCGGCGAGGAACGUCCUAGUCUCGGAGGACAACAUCGCGAAGGUCAGCGAUUUCGGGCUGACCAAGGAAGCCUCCUCCACACAGGACACAGGGAAGCUGCCGGUGAAGUGGACGGCACCAGAAGCACUUAGAGAAAAGAAAUUCUCCACCAAGUCGGACGUGUGGAGCUUCGGGAUCCUCCUCUGGGAAAUCUACUCCUUCGGGCGAGUGCCUUAUCCAAGAAUC